AACGUGUCAACACUGCCGUAAAACGGCCGUUGACUGUCGCCCAUCACACAAAGCUUCCACUGUGUUGAGGAACUAGAGUAGUUCUGUGCUAACCUGCCCGUAUUAACAGCCACCUAGAGGAUACAAACGACGAAGCCGUCGUUGCAAUGGUUGUAGGAGAGCUGAAUGUGCAGUGACAGCCGCCUGUGCUCAGUGUUGAGGACCAGAGGAUGGACUGGAACAGGACCGUGCUGGUGACAGGAGGCUCGGGAUUCAUUGGCUCCCAUCUUGUAUGUUCACUGGUCCAAAGACACCCUGACUGGAGGAUCAUUAACCUGGAUGAUCUGGAUUACUGCUGCAGCCCAAAGAGUCUGGAGAGUGUUCAAGACAGAGCGAACUACACCUUUAUCAGAGGAGAUGUGUGUAACUCUCGGCUGGUAAACCACAUCUUCAACACAGAGAACAUCGACGUGAUCUUCCACCUGGCGGCCAAAACGCACGUCGAGUCGUCAUUUGAAUCUCCAUCCAGCUUCCAACGUGUAAACAUCGAGGGAACCAGAGUUUUACUUGCAGCCGCCCAUCAGGCCCAGCACCAGCCGCAGCGCUUAAUCUAUGUCAGCACUGAUGAGGUGUACGGAGCCAGUCUGGACGAGGUGUUCGAUGAGAGCAGUCCAGUGAGGCCCUCCAACCCAUACUCCGCUACAAAAGCAGCUGCAGAGUACCUGGUCAGAUCCUACUGGGACAAAUAUAAGUUUCCCAUCAUCAUCACCAGGAGCAACAACAUCUACGGGCCCCGGCAGUUCACUGAGAAGGUUAUUCCAAGGUUUCUCACCCUCCUGCAGAUGAACAAGAAAUGCACUAUCCAGGGAACCAUUCCUAAAUCCCGCCAUUUCCUGUUUGUUGACGACGUCAUCAAUGCCUUUCUGCUGGUUCUGGAGAAAGGGGCUGUGGGGGAAAUCUACAAUGUGGGAACCGGCUGUGAGAUACCCAUCAUGCAACUGGCCAGGCAACUUGUUAAAAUGGUCAAGAAUGUUCCAGACUCUGAGGUGAAUGACUGGCUGGAGUUUGUGCCUGACAGGCCGUGUGUCGACCUGCGCUACCCCAUCAAAUGUGAGAAAUUGCAGUAUCUGGGCUGGAGAGCUCAGAUGCCCUGGGCUGAAGGCAUCAGACAGACAGUCAACUGGUAUCAAGACAACCCAAACUUCUGGUCAGACACAAGCGAGGACCGAGGACCAAUCAGAGAUGAGCUUGAAGAAGCUACCGACAAAUAAGUGGGUUCAGCUGUGCCUUGCUGCUUGAGCGACAGACGGAGCAGUGGUCUUAAUAACUUGACAUGAUAUUUGGGUAACUCAGAGGCUAUUACGGCUACUUUACAGCUCAACUUGUGAAUACUGAAGACACGAGCACUGUUCUCAACUGUCUGAGUGAUCUGUGGACCAACAGGCCCUGAAGUGCCAAACAGGAAGGCAGCUCCUAUCAACCAAAGCUUAGUUUCACCUGGAAAUCAAUGCACUUUAUCAUGACUUUAAUUAUUGAUUCAGCUGAUGUUGAUCAGCAGUCUUUUGUUUUUAAGGCUGAAACAUAGUCUAUGCAAGUAUGUAGAAACCAGAAAGCUCCAUUAAACGAUCUACAAUGUGUAAAAAAAACAAUAUAUAAAGUUAACUGGAUAUGCCUGAAACGUCGAGUGUGACGCGGCUAGACUGUGUUGGUGCUUCUCUGAGAGACAGCACAGACAGAAACAGUUGAAAUUUUAACAGCAAAAGCCUUUUAAGGAGUUAAGAUAUUUUUUUUUCUGUUAUGUUAGCUUAUAAUAAAAAAGAUGAGAAGGGAACAGGCUCUGCACCGACUCUUCUCCAGAGCUGGAGGCUCUGAGCAGCUGAGAUGGUCACAGGACAUUCAGCAAAGCACAGCAAUACAUACAACGUCUUCUGCUCAAAGUCCAGCAUUUUUAACUUUAACUGUUCAUUUGCACCGCCUGGCUUGAACAGAAGCAAACUUGCAUCAGUUUGCAUCUUUACAUUGAAUAAUAAAAAAAAAAAAACAUACAAAGGGAGAAGAUGACACAGUAUUUACUUUUGCAAAUCCAAACCUUUAUUUGUGGUAAAAUCAGAAUAGAUGCACUUUUUUUUUUUUUCUUCGUGCAGUGCUCCUCUUCGUGCACAACUGCUAAACUAAUACAUAAAGCAAAUACUAACUACCAGGCCGGAGGUGCUGUGUGCCCACAUUGAGAGGUCUGGCCAGUCAGUAAUGGAGACAACAUUAUUCUUAAAUAUGACUACACACUUUAGUUUAUUUAUCCGUUUGUGUUUCUGCAUAUAAAAGGCAGUAAAAUGUGAUCCUUCACCGAUGUAAGGUAUUUAUGAUCUGUCCUGACUUUGCUGUGGCCACAUUGCAUUGUGGUCCAUUGAGGCCGUUGCUGGACACGUGGAUUGUCCUGUGUAACUGCAGAACGUCUGUGCUGCGGGGAUUUACGGUAAAAAUACAGAUAACAUUACAAACAGCGAUAAAAUCAUAUUCUAAUGCGAGAAGAGGCAGAUGGAGACUUCUAUCAGCUGUAAGUUGCACUUUUAAACUCAUAACUCGUAAAAAAAAAAAAUAAAAAAUUGUCUUCCCCAUUUCUGAUUGGCCAGAAG